AUGCGAGCCCCCGGGUUGAAAUACAUCCAGGUCCCCUCGGUUGGCUUCGGGACAUGGGCUGCAGGAGGAGAAACUGAUAGCAUCACCAAAUCUCCAGAGGAUCCGUCGUGGUGUACCCAGGCCGUUAUUGAUGCCCUACAAACUGGAGUUCGCCAUCUGGACUGCGCAUGGGAAUACGGAGUGGACCGCGAAGUCGGUGAAGGAAUUCGGCAAUCUGGCAUCCCCCGUGAAGACAUCUUCAUCACAACAAAAUUCUGGCCCAACUUCGCUGAUCCGAAGAAUGUUUCCAUGGCUAUUGAUAAGAUCCUGGACUCCAUGGGGCUAGACUAUGUGGAUUUAUUACUUGCACAUUUUCCUGCUGCUAUCAAACCUUCCGGGGACCUCAACAGUGCCGUCAACUUCACCGGGGCCACACUUCAAGAUCAAAGAUGCUCUGAGGAAAAAAAUGGCAAUUAUUUGCCGGACUUAGAGCACUGCCCUCGCGCUGUGGCUGCAAUAAAUGGGUUUCCAGGUGUGGGCAGCUUCGUGCCUACCUGGGAGGCAAUGAAGUCACUCGUGCGCGCAGGGAAAUGCCGCGCCAUUGGAGUUUCCAAUUUCGAGCGCGUGCAUCUGGAGGAAAUUCUUCCAUAUGCGUCUCAUGAGGAUAUACCUAUUUCCUGUAACCAGAUUGAGGCGCAUCCAUGGUAUCCUAAUGUUGAACUAAUCGAGUUUUUACAUAAGGAAGGAAUUUUGCCAACAAUAUAUAGCCCGUUCGCCCCUAAGACUUUUAUGGUGAAGUCUGGGGUGGUUGAAGGGUGCGAAUUUGCUCCAAAUGGAGUGACACUGCUGCAGGAGCCGGUUGUUAAGGAGAUUGCCUCAAGUAAUGGCAUGGACGUUGGGCAGGUCUUGCAGAGCUGGGCAGUUCAGCGAGGUACAGUACCAUUGGCAAAAAGUCGAUCUAAGACACGCAUCGCCAGUAAUAUGAAAGUUCGUCGGCUUUCUAAGGAAGAUGUUGCGCUCCUGGAUUCUUUGAAGAAAGACGGGCUGUCGGGGAAAUCGACUGAUGUGAAUUUACUUUUUCCGGGUGUCCGAUUGCGAUAA